AGCGGCCACUGCCCCGGCGGCAGCAGCUGCAGCAGCGGCAACUGCUCGCACCCGGCCCCGGCUCGGGUUACUUCCCUCCUCCUGCAGCAUCUGGAGCCAGACAGGGGAAACCUUGUUCAAGUUUGCAGCAAGUUCUUAUUCGGGGCGCAAAACUGGGGGUCUGGAAACGCGUUGAGACCCGCCUCCCUUCGCGCGUCUUCCCUGGCGCCGGAACGAGGACUCCCAAGUGUCGCUGUCUUCUGGGACGCUACUUGGACCCUAACUACGCUGUUUGGAACAGAUUUUGUGUCCUGUGUGGCCUGGACUGAAGUCCGAGUGAAAAAGGUUGCGCUGCGAAUCUUAAGAUCUCCGGACCUGGGUUGUUCUUCAGAAAAAAUGGUCAUUUCUUUGAAGUCAUGCCUGAACUUUAUGUGUUUAUUGUUGGGCCAUUGGAUUGGGACGGCAUCACCUCUGAAUCUUGAAGACCCUAAUGUGUGUAGCCACUGGGAAAGCUACUCAGUGACCGUGCAAGAGUCAUACCCACAUCCCUUUGAUCAAAUUUACUACACGAGCUGCACCGACAUUCUAAACUGGUUUAAAUGCACGCGGCACAGAAUCAGUUACCGGACCGCGUAUCGGCAUGGGGAGAAAACGAUGUACAGGCGCAAGUCCCAGUGUUGUCCUGGGUUUUAUGAAAGUGGGGAGAUGUGUGUCCCCCACUGUGCUGAUAAAUGUGUCCAUGGCCGCUGUGUUGCUCCAAACACCUGUCAGUGUGAGCCUGGCUGGGGAGGGACCAACUGCUCCAGUGCCUGUGACGGUGAUCACUGGGGACCCCACUGCAGCAGCCGGUGCCAGUGCAAAAAUGGGGCUCUGUGCAACCCCAUCACGGGGGCUUGCCACUGCGGUGCAGGCUUCCGGGGCUGGCGCUGUGAGGAGCGCUGUGAGCAGGGCACCUACGGUAACGACUGUCAUCAGAAAUGCCAGUGCCAGAACGGAGCCACCUGCGACCACGUCACGGGAGAGUGCCGCUGCCCACCGGGAUAUACUGGAGCCUUCUGUGAGGAUCUUUGUCCCCCUGGUAAACAUGGUCCACAGUGCGAGCAGAGAUGCCCUUGCCAAAACGGAGGAGUGUGUCAUCACGUCACCGGAGAAUGUUCCUGCCCCUCUGGCUGGAUGGGCACAGUGUGUGGUCAGCCUUGCCCCGAGGGUCGCUUUGGAAAGAACUGUUCUCAAGAAUGUCAGUGCCAUAACGGAGGGACGUGUGAUGCUACCACAGGCCAAUGUCAUUGCAGUCCAGGAUACACAGGGGAACGGUGCCAGGAUGAGUGUCCCGUUGGGACUUACGGACUUCACUGUGCUGAGACCUGCAGGUGCAUCAAUGGAGGGAAAUGCUACCACGUGAGCGGCGCCUGCCUCUGUGAGGCUGGCUUUGCUGGUGAGCACUGUGAAGCGCGCCUGUGUCCAGAGAGGCUCUAUGGCAUCAAAUGUGACAAGCGGUGCCCCUGCCACCUGCACAACACUCAGAGCUGUCACCCCAUGUCUGGAGAGUGUGCCUGCAAGCCAGGCUGGUCGGGACUCUAUUGUAAUGAGACGUGCUCUCCCGGGUUCUACGGGGAAGCUUGCCAGCAGAUCUGCAACUGCCACAACGGGGCUGACUGCGACAGUGUGACUGGAAAGUGCACCUGUGCUCCAGGAUUCAAAGGCAGUGACUGCUCCACCCCGUGCCCUCUGGGAACCUACGGGGUUAACUGUUCCUCCCGCUGUGGCUGUAAAAACGAUGCUGUCUGCGCGUCUGUGGAUGGAUCUUGUACUUGUAAGGCAGGCUGGCACGGGGUGGAUUGCUCCAUCAGGUGCCCCAGCGGCACAUGGGGCUUUGGCUGUAACUUAACUUGCCAGUGCCUUCACGGGGGAGCCUGCAACACCCUGGAUGGGACCUGCACGUGCGCACCUGGAUGGCGCGGGGAGAAGUGCGAACUUCCCUGCCAGGAUGGCACAUACGGGCUGAACUGUGCUGAGCGCUGUGACUGCAGCCAUGCAGAUGGCUGCCACCCUACCACAGGCCAUUGCCGCUGCCUUCCCGGAUGGUCAGGUGUCCACUGUGACAGCGUCUGUGCAGAGGGUCGCUGGGGUCCCAACUGCUCCCUACCCUGCUACUGUAAAAAUGGGGCCUCAUGUUCCCCCGAUGACGGCAUCUGUGAGUGUGCACCAGGGUUUCGAGGGACCACUUGUCAGAGAAUCUGCUCACCUGGCUUUUAUGGGCAUCGCUGCAGCCAGACGUGCCCUCAGUGUGUUCAUAGCAGUGGGCCCUGCCACCACAUCACCGGCCUGUGUGACUGCUUACCUGGCUUCACAGGCGCCCUGUGCAAUGAAGUGUGUCCCAGUGGCAGAUUUGGGAAAAACUGUGCAGGGAUUUGUACCUGCACCAACAACGGAACCUGUAACCCCAUUGACAGAUCUUGUCAGUGCUACCCGGGCUGGAUUGGCAGUGAUUGCUCUCAGCCUUGUCCACCUGCCCACUGGGGCCCAAACUGCAUCCACACGUGCAACUGCCACAACGGAGCCUACUGCGGUGCCUACGAUGGGGAGUGCAAGUGCACCGCUGGCUGGACGGGGCUCUACUGCACUCAGCGAUGUCCCCUGGGGUUUUAUGGCAAGGACUGUGCGCUGAUAUGCCAGUGUCAAAACGGAGCCGACUGCGACCACAUCUCGGGGCAGUGCACUUGCCGCACGGGCUUCAUGGGCAGGCACUGUGAACAGAAGUGCCCUGCUGGAACAUAUGGCUAUGGCUGUCGCCAGAUAUGUGACUGUCUGAACAACUCCACCUGCGACCAUAUCACUGGGACCUGUUACUGCAGCCCAGGAUGGAAGGGCGCACGUUGUGAUCAAGCUGGGGUCAUAAUAGUUGGAAACCUGAACAGCCUCAGCCGGACCAGUACUGCUCUGCCUGCGGACUCUUACCAGAUCGGGGCCAUUGCGGGCAUCAUCAUUCUUGUCCUAGUUGUUCUCUUCCUCCUGGCGUUGUUCAUUAUUUAUAGACACAAGCAGAAGGGCAAGGAAUCCAGCAUGCCAGCGGUGACCUACACCCCCGCUGUGAGGGUCAUCAACGCAGAUUACACCAUUUCAGAAACCCUUUCUCACAGCAAUGGUGGAAACGGGAACAGCCAUUACUUCACCAAUCCCAGUUACCACACACUCACCCAGUGUGCUGUGUCCCCACAUGUCAACAACAGGGACAGGGUGACCAUCACGAAGUCAAAAAACAAUCAGCUGUUUGUGAAUCUUAAAAAUGUGAACCCUGGGAAGAGAGGCCUUGUGGCGGACUGCACAGGGACUCUGCCUGCUGACUGGAAACAUGGCGGCUACCUCAAUGAGCUCGGCGCUUUUGGACUUGACAGAAGCUAUAUGGGAAAAUCCUUAAAAGACCUGGGAAAGAAUUCUGAAUAUAAUUCAAGUACGUGCUCCCUAAGCAGUUCUGAAAACCCAUAUGCCACUAUUAAGGAUCCACCUGUACUUAUCCCCAAAAACUCAGAAUGCGGCUACGUGGAGAUGAAAUCACCAGCACGAAGAGAUUCUCCAUAUGCGGAAAUCAACAACUCAACUUCAGCCAACAAGAAUGUCUAUGAAGUUGAACCUACAGUGAGUGUUGUCCAAGGAAUAUUCAGCAAUAAUGGGCUUCUCACCCAGGAUCCUUACGACCUCCCAAAGAACAGUCACAUCCCUUGUCAUUAUGACCUGCUGCCGGUCCGAGACAGUUCAUCUUCCCCCCAGCGAGAAGACAGUGGCAGCAGCGGCAGCAGCAGCAGCAGCAGCAGCAGCAGCCGUGAAUAACACCAGACGGCUACUUGGUAACUGCUGGAAACUUUUCCAGAACUGCCACUGGGUUCUUCUCCAUUUUCAAGUUUGCCACCUUGUGUGAAUGUUAAUCAACUUGGUGGGCAAUUGUUGGACAUGAACCAGAAAGCUCAGAGCUGAGGCUGGCACUGACCAUAGAUGCUCCUUGUACAGGUGGUGGCUUGGAAGGAGAGAGCGACUUCCUUUCUCAUGGCUGUUAGUUUUAGAGCUGCACUCGUGAAGCAUGCCUUAGUGUAACGUGUUGGCUGGAAGCAUGAGCUUGCAGAACUCCUUCGGAGACACGGGUUGCGGUGGACAGUGGCGUGGUUGCUUGAAAAAUUAAAAUGUACACGUUUUAUUUCUCAUUCACAGCAUAGAUCUGCACUUAGGACUGUACAGUUUCUCAUAAAAUUUACUUCGGAAGAGUGGGACUCACUAAACAUGUAGAGAAAAGGGGGCAUAUUACUGAGUCCUUGUUGCUUACUAUUUUUCAGCCAGACUCAGACUUGUAGGGAUAAGCUGGAUGUCCUGGGGCAUGACUGGGUAGACUUUGAAUACACUCUAGAAGUGGAUAGAAAAUUUAAAUAUGAAAAUCUUAGGUUUCAUUUAGAAUGGGAAAUUGUAUAAUUAGGAUAAUGUUAGAAAUAUUAGAAGUAUGUGUAUUGCAGAAGUCAGUGUACAGAUAUGCCAGGCAGAGGUGGUUUUUCUGUUGGAUCCUUGGCCCACUUUUGUUACAUUAUUCUGAUCAGUGUCCCCAUCAUAGUUAUUCACUACUGGAGAUUCAUAACAUAUCAAUGAUUAUUUCAUAAAUAGAUAAAUGAAAUAAUUUUAUUUUUGACAGACCGGGUUGAAUGAGUGUGUAAUGAUUGGUAAGGACUGUAAAUUUUAAGUGUAAGAAGAUACUUAAGAUUUGUAAACCAUUAGUAGUACAUGCCGUAAUAUAGAAUUAGCAAAAAAUUUUGAUUAAUUUUUCCCUGUAAGUGACUGAAAUAUUUUUGUGCAUAUUUGAGAAAAGGGCACUUUCCUUUAUUAAUUGUCAAUUUAGAGAAACUGUGCUUAAGCUGGUCUUUUGCAUCGCUAAUUGACAUGUACCCCAUUUUUCAUUAAUUUGUAUUUCCAUUUUUAAGGUGUAUAUUCUAUGUUUUGUAGUAUUUGGAUUGUUAAUGAAAAAACGAUUCUGUGUUCGUUGUUUCUUGUAUCAUUACCACUCAUUUUUUUGCUUGAUUAAAAUGUAUUAUUCUUUUUUUUUUCUUUUGGAGGGAAGAGAUGAAAAUAUAUGAUUGAAAUCUAUUAAAAUUGGUUAUUAUUGAAAUAAUACAGUAAUCCAGGUGAUUGGCUUAUGAUUGAAAGAGAGAAGCUUUGUGGUAUUGUAAAGUGGAGUUCCUUUUGAUCUGUGGGUUCCCUAAUUCUUGGUUACACCAGGGAGAGGGAGAGCAAGAAGGAAACGUUGUCACUGAGUCAAUAUUACAGACUCAUCUCACUAAAACCUUCUUCAUAGUGAUCACGUGAUUGAUCAGCCAAACUCGGGCACUUUGGAGAAUAAACGAGUGCGUAAGUCUGGCCCUGGGCUUAAGUCUGGAAUGUUCCGGCAAACCAGAACAGAUGCUCAUCCUGCACAUACUUAUGUAAUAACAUUUUUUACUCCCAGGAAGUUGUCUCAUGAGAUUGCUGAUAUGAUGCAAGAAACCCAGUUUCACUUUUUUUGAUUUACUUGAUCAAGCAGAGGAGCUGAAAGGCUGAAUAAGAAAGAAAAUUCAUAAGAGAAAACAAUGGUCUUCAAUAUGUUGAAGACAUGAUACCCUAUAUGGCUUUCUGCUCCAGGGAGUCAAUGAACAAAGAUGUAGAAUGCAUUGGCCUGCCAGUAGUAUACCUAAGGCAUCGCCCCAGCCAGUUACCAAGUUGGCACAGCUCGUUAUUUCAGUUCACACACCUGCGGCUGUGCUGGUAGUUUGGACCAGGUGCACAGUACCUUCUUAUAACUCACCCCUUGGAAGGCUGUUUCUUUUAAGGAACUCCAGAGUCAAUUUAAGGAAAUAAGGAAUUGCCUAGAACAUGUCUUAGAAGAAAUUGAUUUAUUUCAGUAGUUGACCACUGGCUGACCCUUGACUCUAGGGGACAGGCAUCUCAUGGUGACAUGUGUGAGUCAGUAGACAAGGAGUCCUUUUUGGUAACAAUAAUAAUAAGAAGAAGAAGACAUUGCCCACUUCUCUUUUUAGGAACCUCUCUUUAGAGCUCUGUGGUAAGAUGAGUUUUCCCAUCACUCCCUGGAGAGGUUAAAACAAACACACACACAAAAAACCCCCUGGUUUCUUUUCUCAUUCCACUACUUAAAAAAGGAAAGCUUAAUGUACAAAGGCAACAGCAACUUAGGUAGAAAACCGGGUCAACAGAUGUAAACUCCAAAGGGCCACCGCCUUCCCUCCCGGUGCAUUUUUUUUCUGACAGAUUUCUCAGGCUGAUGUCCUGAGAUAUUUGUACCCGAGGCAAUUCUUACCAGAGUUCACUCGGGAUUUUUCAAACAUCAGACCUCACACAGAGGUGUGGAUAUUGUAAAACCACAUGUUAACUUGAAGAAGUCUGGGUGAGAAGGCAAAAUUUCCCGGGUGUUUUGAUAUAGAUUUGUGUAGAGAGGAUUACUUUUGACAGAAUAAGAAUUAAAAGACAAAGGGACCUGGCAAGUUUUUCCCCCCCAAAAUUACAAACUUUAGAAAUUUUUCAAGUACUUCAAAUGUAAUUUGAUGGCAAUACCAUUCUUACACAAGGCGUAUCUGUUCUCUUGAUCUUUGAACCUAUAUUAAUUUUGGAUCCUGAUAUUAAUUUUUCCCCUAAAUCCUGUAAUGGGCAUGGAGGUAAGUGAUUUUGAAGAUAACUGGCAAAAACCAUUCAUAUAGGAAUGUCAGCCUAUUAUUUCCUUAGAAAUUGAUGUAUCAGAAAAUUUAUAAAUUAUUGGCCCAAAUGAUAAUUCCUAUAUUUGCCUUAAUAAAAAGACUAUUUGAUUUGUAGUUAAUUAUAGAUGGUAAGGAAAACAUUAUGGUUAUUUUAUAGUGCUUGACAUUAAUUCCUCUCCUAUGACAUAGGAAUAAUGUAACAGAAUUCAAUGUGUUUAGCAUUAUCUUUAUGGAAUUUUUAUUCACCGAUUUCAGGAAAACCAACCAUAGAAUUUUAUAAUAGGGCAGAUAUAACCUGCCCCCACUAAAUCCAUUAGCACAAUGAUUAUGUGUUGCGAGAAAUUAAAUAAUUUAUGAAAAUGCAGUCAUUUUGACCCCAAAGAUCCACGUUAGUGGCCAAUUAUUGAGACUUUUAAACCAUAAGUAUUACAAAAGUUUAACAAGGGUAUCAUAACACCAUUUAUAAUUUUCAUCAUUGUUAGAAGUCCAUUUUAUGCUUAAAAUAAACCAAAAUCAGAAAGCAAUUGGUUUUAAGGGUAUUUUUUUUAAAUAAUGAAUUUUCUCUGGGUAAAAUCUCUUUUUUAUUCAAACUGAAUAUUUAAGAGAUACUGUGGUCUUAAAGGCUUUAUGUGAUGGACGUGUACAUAGAAAUCCAAGUGCAGAUCACAGGGUAAGGACGCAUGCUUGUCUGUUAACUAAAGAUGUACAGCAAACUGCCCUGUGAGUCCUGUUAAUAACGGUGUCCUAACAUUGGGUCUGCUUAUUCUAGUUUCAUAUUUAGUCUACGCUUCACUUUGAUACGAAUGAACUGCAGAAUAUAUUUUUAAAAGGAAAAAAAUCAAAUUACAAGAGGAUUUACUUGGUUGUAGCAAACAAAGAAAGUGCUGUGUUGAGAUAUCUCUAUUUUCCAAAGAUGAUAAACUUGCAUCAGUAUUAGUCUACAUUGUCAUUUAUA